AGGAGAUGCAUCUCAUAUCGGAUGUUGUUCUAAACCUCCGACCCGAUUCUCGCAGCUUCAUAGACACCUGCGAUGAGCGGGAGCUCCAAUGCCGAUGUUCUGCUAGCCGGCGCAGCAGCAGCAUUCACAGUAGACCUCCUCGUCUACCCCCUCGACACACUCAAAACUCGGCAGCAAAGCCGAGACUUCCUCAAGACCUUCGCCAACCCAGCCUCCAAAACCAAGGUCCCCUCACGUGAGCUCUUCCGCGGCCUGUACCAGGGCAUCGGCAUCGUCGUUGUCGCCACCCUCCCGGCGGCAGGUACCUUCUUCACCACCUACGAAGCGGCCAAGGGCUUCUUUGGCCGCCAUGGCGCCGCCGUAGGCCUGCCGCAGCCCAUCGUGCACUCGGCCGCCUCCGCCGUCGCCGAGUGCGCUAGCUGCUUCGUGCUCACCCCUGCAGAGGUCAUCAAGCAGAAUGCGCAGAUGUUUACGCGGAAGGUGGGGGGUGAUCAGAGCUCGACGUCGAUGAGGGCGCUGCGCCAACUGGGCGGACCUGGGGCAGGGAGGAAACUGCUUUCGGGGUACACAGCUAUGGUUGCGCGCAAUCUGCCGUUUACGGCGAUUCAGUUCCCUAUCUUUGAGUAUACGCGGAAGCGGGUAUGGGGCCGGAGGGGUAAGGCCGGUAUUGGUUACGGCACGGGCGAGAACCAAAACUUGCUCGAGACGGGAAUCAUCACGGGGACGAGCGCUGGGAUGGCGGGGAGUUUUGCGGCCGUCGUUACUACGCCUAUGGACGUCGUUAAGACAAGGAUGAUGCUUAUGGCUGGCGAUGAGCAGGGUUUCCGGCAGGGCGCACAUGAUCGGACGGCAGCGGGCAAUAAGCAUUGGAGUCGUGGACGCAGUGGGUUGGACGUGACGAAGCAAGUCAUCAAGGAGAGGGGCGUGCCGGGCUUGUUUCGGGGAUCCUUGUUAAGAGCUGUGUGGACUGCAAUCGGAAGUGGACUGUACUUGGGCAUGUAUGAAGUGAGCAAGGUAUGGCUCGCUAGGGGUAAAAGCGUUGAGAGGGGGGGUUUCCCGUGAUGGUGACAUUCCAUUUGGUUUACAAAGCUCUUGAUAUAGAACUAGACAUAAGGGAGUACAACUCUGAUCUUACGAGGCAAAUAGCGUAUGCUGUGGCGAAUGCAGGGGCGUGUCGUGUAUUUAAUUUCCGAGAGGGAAAAGUCUGUGAAGCCAUUCGUCAGAGUAACGGGUCAUGAAUUGCAGAAUCAUGGCUAUCAGCCUAUCAAAAGACUUCAUCGUUGCCGAG